AGUAAGACUCAAGCAAUACAUACGCAUAGCUGAUGGAAGCUUCAAAAUGCCUGCUCUCACCCAUCCAUUGUAGCAUUGAGAACCACUUAUUUUUAACCUGGAGAAGGAAUUGGCAUUUGUGUACUGUUGUGGUAACAAUAACACAAGGCCUUUGCUUCUGACCUGGCCCAUUUUAGCCCUCACACCAACAAUCCAUUUUCCAGAUGUUAAGCCAACAUCUCCAGCUACCUUUGUUGAACAACCUUCUGAGAACCUUCUAUUAUCUCUGGUCACUUCCUUCUGCUUGCCUUCUUGUGGAUGCCACCGCCUGCCACAAAGUCUGUCUAGCCCUGGAGGAUGUGCAACCCAAUCACAAACCAGAUCCUACCCUUGGAAACGUCCAAUGGCAACCACACUGGAGAUAUCUCUUGCAUUGUCCUAUCACUCCAUCGUUUUGCCCUCCCACUCAUAAUGACUCUUCUUUUGCUUCUGUGCUUCACUUCUUCCACCUGACCCUACUUUGAGGUUUCAGUUCUGCAAAUACUACCGGUAAUUCUUUCUACUACCUCACAGCUCUCUAGCUGGUUGGACUUUAACAAAGCUUUCCCACCACUUUCUCAGCACAGGUGAGGACCCUGCAGAAAGCCCUCAAACACCCCCCCACAAAAAAAACCCAUUGGAAACUUGCACAGGUAGGUCCUAAGCAUAAUUAUUAUUUUUUUACACUUAGAAACAUCCAAUCCUGGGUCAGUCUUCUAGAGUUAAAUGUAAGAAGGAAAAAGUAUUUUGGAUCCUACAAUACAAACUGUGUACAUUGGGGAAAAAAUGAGAAUGCAGAUAAAAAAAAUCAUGAAAAUCACAAGUAAUGACUAUGUGUAGCAACUGCCGGUGCUUAUAGGAAGCUGCAACAUUCUGCAUUGCAUCAGCUUUCAAAAUGUUUCUAGUUAACUUGGCUUUUCUACACAAGAAAUUUGCUGUUUCUAGCAGGAGAAAUGCAACUCUCUGCCUCAUUUCAGGGAUCUUGGCAAAUCAAUGACCUGUUUUGAACUUCUUGCUCAGGUAUGGGCUAAGAUGAUAUGGAUAAGUCCCUCCAGAAGGGCAUCCAAAAAGAAGUUACAAAACUUGUCAAGGAAGAAAACCCUUUCCCGAAAAAGACCUUUGCAAUCUCAAGUUUACCAGGAUGGAAGAAUGCAACCCGACCGAAAUAUUUACUAACCUUCAAUGCAAUUCCACCAUGCUAUACCUGAAAUGCUUCAUGGUCCUCAACCAAUCAGAAAAACCCUUUAUUGCUGUUCUGUGUUUCAGCAUUGGUGGGCUUUGCAUCAUAGAGAACUUCUUGGUACUGUUCCUCAUCUUUUCUUCUUCAAAGCUUCGGAAGAAACCUUCUUACAUCCUUCUUAGCAGCUUGGCCUUAGCAGACACACUGGCAACUGUUACGUUUGUGAGCAGCUUUCUUAGCUUCCAUGUUUUUAACAGGACAGGUGCUUCCAAGGAAAUAUACUUGCUAAAGCUUACUGGAGUCAACACCUCCUUCACAGCUUCCCUUGGCAGUCUGUUCCUGAUGGCAUUUGACAGGUACAUAUGUAUCCUCCGGCCCAGCCACUACAAGCAGUUAGUCACCAGAAGAAGAGCUGUGGUGGCUCUGUUAGUGCUGUGGGCUACUGCCCUUUUCCUAUCCUCCUUGCCUCUUCUGGGAUGGAACUGUUGUAGUACCCAGUCUACCUGCUCCCAGCUGUUCCCUUUUGUUGCUAACAGCUAUCUCUCAAGCUGGAUCAUCUUGGUGAUGGUCCUCCUGGCUUCCAUCAUCUAUGCAUACAUGCACGUCCUUUGGAAGGCUCACCAACACACCGCGAACAUGAAGAAGCACCACCUGGAAGAAAGCCAACAAAACCCAAAGAGGAGAAUUGACAUCAAGCUGGCCAAGACGCUAUCGAUCGUCCUGAUGGUCCUGGUGAUAUGUUGGCUACCAGGCUUGCUACUCAUGGCCUACAGCCUCUUUUCUAUAAUGGACAACUCUAUCAGGGUAGCAUUUGCCUUUUGCAUCACCCUCUGUCUGGUGAACUCAAUGGUGAACCCAGCUAUCUAUGCCCUACGAAGCAAGGAGCUAAGCUCUUCCCUGAGGAGAAUCUGCUCUUGUUUGGGGAAGGUGUUGGGCAAUUCAGAGAGCAACCAGGAAGCAGAAAGCUCUUAA